AGAAACAUCAAAAUUGUAUCACUCGUUAUAAUUUAUCUUUAAGUUAUUUUAUUUUAUUGUUUAUUGUUGACGAAUUCCCAAUGUAAUAACCGGGAAAAACUGAAAAUACGAUUCGUUGGUACUUUCCUUAUUCGAUAGCGAUUUUACAUUAAAAGGGAGACUCGAGGAAAUGACGGAUCUAGAAGAAUUAUACCACUGGAACAACCCACGAGGACACGGAAGAAGAUUCGUCCAGGAUAUCGGUAGUGGGGCGGCGUUUGUGCAAGGGAUAGGAGUCGGGGCGAACGCGAGACGGCGGUGGCGGCCGGUCAGUUGUGUUGUCAGAAGUGUCAGAAGGAAGUGUCGAGCCGGUACCGGCGCUCGUCAGCUCGUAGUCAGUCGCGGAAAGGAAGCGGAACGGCACAAUCCGCGCCCGUCACCCAGCAGGUUCGCGGUUUCGUUGCUCGCCGGCGUCACGGUGCUCACCUGUCAGCUAGCCGAGUCUUAUCUACGUGCGAUCGGCCGAUGCGCCACGUGCGCGAUGGGCAUGAUGGGAAUGUUCAAGUGGCUUAGAAAAGAUAUUGUGCAGAGAGAACGAAAUGGUUGGAAUUUAGCACAGAAGCAAUGUGGUCUGAACAACGAAUCGUAUCGCAACGCUAUACAAGCAUUCAUAGAUCGCAGACGGUGUUCAGACGAUGUGGAUCCAGAAGCACCAUGUAGUCCUGACAAAACGAGAGCUGAUCUCGUGGCCAAGAACAAUAACAACAAAUACAACAAUGAAAGGAAAUCUCAGGAAUCCAAGACUGUAUUACGAAGCGUACCGUAUGUACCAGCUUCAGAGAUUUUUGAAAUCGGUUGGAUAGCGGGCACCGAAGAUCGUUACCUCGAACUGAUUUUUGCCGAGUGGCAAAACACCAGGGUUUCUCUGAAGAGGCACAUUCAUCCGGAAUGCAAAGACGCAGUGAAAGCUGAUUUGGAUGUGCUACUGGAAAUUCCACAUCCGAACGUGCUACUGUUAAUGGGCAUCACUAACACGGACGACCACGGUCUAGUCACCAUUUUCGAGUCCGUCGAUUGCACUCUUUACCACUACAUACACGAGCAGGGUGAACGAAUAUCGAUACUAAGCAUCGCGAAAUGCGUCGGAAGACUGUCCGAUGCUUUAAGGCAUUCCCAUGUGCUCGGCUACGUGCAUAGUGCCAUUAGCUCACAUUGCGUCUAUCUGGCUUCCAGUGGCGUCGUGAAACUCGGCGGAUGGGAGUUGGCUAUGCACCUCGAUAACCCGAAAGUAAACAGGGAAUACGAGGAACGUUUAAGAAACGAAAUUUUCCGUUGGCAAGCGCCAGAACUUUUCGAGAGUUACGAGCCACGCAAAGAGAGCGAUGUAUAUGGACUCGCCAUGUUGAUUUGGGAAAUGUGCACAAUGCAAGUGCCAUGGAGAGGAUAUAGUAAAGCAGAUGUGGAACGACAAUACGCACAACGGAAACGUGGUGUUAUUAUGUACUUGUACGAUUUUCCGCCCUUACUUCACAAUUUACUAGAAGCUGGGCUGCAACUCGACGUCGAGAAAAGGACACUCGAUAUGAACCGAAUGCGUAGAUUCCUUCAAAGACUGGAGAUGCAAUACGAAGACGAAGAGCCAAUGUACGUCGAUCAUCUCACGAAUAAUAAUAAUGAAACCGGAAAGACCUACGUCUUGCCGGUGACACGAUCCACCGGUAUGUCCAAGAGUAAAGGCGCGAAACUGACGAAAAGCGUGUCGGCCAAACAAUUGUAUUCCGCGAACACUUCCGAGUCCCCGACGUCACAGUAUAUAUUCGCCAAACAGUUGCCGCCCAAGCAAAACGGGAACACGAAGACCGGGGUGGCGCACAUCGAGCCGAUAAACAUAUUCGCCGAGGAUGUCAGACGCGGCGGCAAAGACAAUGCACAGAAAAACACGAACAUACUGUUCAACAAGCAGAACAAUUACAAGAAAAGCAACUGUUCGUACUGCACGUCAGAAAUGGCCGACGCUGUUCGUAACGAGGAAACGAACUCGGAGGAGAAUCUGCGACCGUGGAACAUCACCUAUAAGAGAGUCAAAGCACCCCAGGAGAGUGCGGAUUCGUGGGUGACCUCGUUGUGUUCGCCGCCGUUGAUGGACUCCACCGACGACGAAACGUAUAAAGACGCGAGAACAAAUUUGAAACAACUGAAGAAAGCUCUGGCAGACAAGAGGGAACACUUCUUUUAUGGAAGCGACUCGUCCCAAUCUUCGUAUCCAAGCCCGAGAAUUAAGAACAAAAUACUCACACAAACUAAGAGCAGAGACUACGAACCACAUAAGCCAGCCAGUCAUAAAACGAGCCUCGAACCAAGAUACAAUAAAUCGCCGGGUCAAUAUGAUUCGUCCUGUAUGAAAUCAUCGUGUCACCAGUACCGCAAGAUACCAUAUUCUCACGUUCCGGUACCUAUUAAAGAUGCGAUAGCACAGCCACAGGUAUUAAAUUCCGAUCCGAAAACAUUUUUCGAAACUUCGUUGUGGAGAAAGGAGAAGUUAAUUUGUUUGGCUAAAAUGAGAAAAUCUUGUGGCGAUGAAUCAGCACAUUAUGAACAAAGUACAGAUGAUAACACUAUUGUAUCUUCUGCCACUUUUACGAAAAAUACAACGAUGAAUUCAAACUCGCCGAAACGCGGUGAUACAUAUGUUCUACAUAAGAAAACACAAGAAACGGAAACCAGCCAAGAAGGAUAUUCAGCAGUGUCCGAAGAUGUAAACGAUUCGUCGGGUAACAACUUGCAAGUCCUGAAAGACGCUUUGGAUCGAGCUACGAAAAUCGUACGAUCCGUCACGCCAAACUCCGAUGUAUCGUGUCCGUCUCCGCCAUUUAAAACUUACGCAAACUUCGAGAUCACUGUAGACGAUAGCCAAACGACCAAAUCCAUUUUUGAAGACCUGUACAAUUUGCAAGAAAACAACGUCAACGAGGAGAUUAAGACGAUCGAGAGAUCGACAAGAGACGAUACAUUUUUGUUCAGUAAAGACAUCGGCCAAGCAACAACGAGAACGAUGGACACCAACGAAGAAGUCACGAGGGAGUCCGAAAACGAGGUUACCACCAACAUCACCAAUGACGACAAUCCCACCCACUCGUUCGAGACAACGUACACCAGAAAUUUUGUCUGUGAGUCGAUCGCCGAAGUAUCAAGCGAAUUUAACAGUUCCUAUAAUGACAUAAAAGCAGACAAGACAUCCUAUAGCAACACAAACAUUACUAUUGAAGACCUAACAAAAUCAUCGGAACAUGCUCAAGGCACACCAUCAACGACUGAACAGAAUGAUGCCGGGUAUAAUAGAAAUAAUGAAGAAGACGAAAGGAGGCCUAGAUUAUCGAAUUUUAAUUUAAUGUUCCUGAACGACUCCGCAAAAAAUAAAAACUGUAACUCGUGCCACCAAAGUGCUUUACCGAGGCGACGUUCUUUGCCGGCGGCACUGAGCCAAUUAAGGCUAACUAAUAACUCGGCGUUGGGGAAACUACCUAUACGCAGAGGGGGUGUUCCAGAUAAUACUGUUGAAGAUUUAUAUAUAGACGACGAAUUUGGUGACAGUUUAAACGUUAACAUGGUUUUGUUAGAUGAAGAUUUAUCAAUUGAUGAAGAUUUCUUGCCAGACUUAUCAGAUUUAGAUAUUAUAAAAUAA